AUGCUAAACCAAUUAGAUCGAUGUUGUGCUCAACACUGCUUAAACAGCCUUCUCCAGGGCCCCUACUUCACUGUCGAGUCAUUGGCCGAAAUUGCCAACUAUCUUGAUGAACGGGAACGUGCCACCCGCACUGAUCAGCGAAUAGAAAGUGUCAACUGUGAUGAAUCUGGAGACUUUUCAAUUCAGGUUAUUACCGUAGCUCUUCAAAAUCUAGGUAUCGAGCUAGUACCCUACAUGCGUAGAACCCCCGAGGCUGAAGCGGCAAGAGCAAAUCCGGCUGGUCAGCAAGCCUUCAUUUGUCACUUUGACAUGCAUUGGCUUGCUAUUCGUCGUCUUGGCAGCCAAUGGUUCGAUUUAAAUUCGUUGCAUUCCCAACCUCGAUUGUUGACGCCAACUUACCUCGCCUUGUACCUCACUCAACUAAAUAGUGAUGGAUAUUCUAUUUGGUUUAUAACUGGUACCUUGCCUGAAUGUGAAGCGGAUCAAUAUUUACGGAUUAAUCCAUUAUCAGAGUCCUAUCUGACUAGUCAAACCACUACUACCAUUCGCAAUACAACGAAUCCUGAACAAGACCCGGAACUGCUCGAAGCCUUGAAGCUGAGUUUGCAAACUGACGAACAAGAUGCCUCACUUCAGUCAAUUCUAGCUCAAACCCGUCGUGAGGCCGAGGAACGAGAUUUGAUGGAGGCUCUUCGAUUAUCGGUUCAGCAGGACUCUCGUCCGGGUACCAGCAAUGGAAUUUUGCAGACAGACGAAGAAGCAGACUUUCAAGAAGCCUUGCGUCUAUCUCUCAACAAGGAUUCUUGGAGAUCGGCCAAUUAG